AUGUCCAACAUCCUUGUUGUUAUCCUGAUUGCAUGGCUUGCAUACGCAGAAGGAUCACCGGUAAGAGAUCAUGAUCAUGUCACCAGGAGUCCAUAACCCGGAGAGAGUAACUUCCAUAAGCUCCAAGUAAAGAAAUCCAAGACAGUCUUGGAUUCUGGAUCCCAUGGUGUAGAUUCCAGAUUCUAGGUAUUCUCUGGAUUCCGGAUUACUUAUCAUGGGAAGGUGGAUUCCGGAUUCCUUAAGCUAAUUCUGGAUUUCAAAGCCCAGGAUUCCAGUUUUUAGAAGCAAAGCUUUCCAGAUUUUCCGAAAUAAAGAUUACCUUAUGUGAGGCGUUUCCAUGUACUCGUGCCACGACGUUUUCAUCGGUUCUCAUCAGUUAAGGGCUCCUGGUUUCACAUUCCUUUCUUUUAACUUAUUUACAGUUGAAGCACGAUGCGUUUUUUGUUUUUUUACUUUCUGUAAUACCCGCUUUCAUGUUCCUAUGUUUUCACUGUCACUCAUCAUUUGAGGAAGGUGCGGUAUCAUUUCUUCUCCAGCAUGCUAAUGAUGAUUUUACAAAACAAAAUUGGAAUUUUAUAGAGUUGGUCAAUUUUUUGGCAUUUUCAAUGAUGGCAUGAAAGUUGUUUCUCUCCCAAAAACGAAUAAAGAAAUGGUUCCCGGCUUGUGUUUAUAACUUUGGGCGGUAUUUCUGCUAUAGGUAGGACUACUGAUUUUGCAUCUUGAAUUCCUUUUGUUUAUUUAUUUAUUGAACAUUGAAGGGUAACCCCAACAGUGAGCUAAUUCGCUGAUUACUGUAGGUUCAAUCCCUUUCCGCCAAACAACCAAGAUUUGCGUCCUGUUUAAAAAAUAUAACAGCUUCUUCUACCAAAUCAACUAAGCUUUCCGUGAUUUUCUCUCCACAGCGUCUUAUUCGAGGUAAGAGUCAAAUUAUAGCUGUCCUUACACGUUUUAGUUCAGAAUCAUAAUGAAAUGGAUAAACCUUUAAUGCUUGAAUCACUGUAUUCAACGGGGUCAAGAUGGAGCAUGCUUCUCUUGCGAGCCAUGUCCUUAUACCUGUAAAAUCGCCGACAUUAAAGUGAACAGAGGUUAAAAUGUCUGGUCUGUCCUAACAAAUCUUUGCCACCUUGCCCUGACUUUCGAGCGUGCGCAGCCAUAACCUGUGGACCAGGCUUCUCCUGUGAGCCAUGUCCUUGUAACUGUAAUAUCGCCCGUUGCGUUCCAACAACACUGCUUCCAACAUCUGGUAAAAGCCCUUUACUUAUUAGUCCUUUUGAUUUUACAUAUAUAAUGCAAUUAAAUUGGAAGGUUUAAAUGUCCUAUUCUGUUUGACUCAACAGGCCAAGGAUGUCAAUGCAGCAACAAAACUCUGCCAUCUUGUCCUGACUUUGGAGCAUGCGCCGCCAUAAUUUGUGGACCAGGCUUUUCUUGUGAACCAUGUCCUUGUAACUGUAAUAUCGCCCGGUGCGUGCCAAUAUAGUCUUUAACUUUAAAAUGUAAAAUGCAAUGGAAAUGGAAUGUCUCAAGGACCUAUUGUUUGACUGAACAGGCCCAGAAUGCCAAUGCCUCAACGAAACUCUGCCACCUUGCCCUGACUUUAGAGCAUGCGUCGCCGUUACUUGUGGACCAGGCUUCUCCUGUGAACCAUGUCCUUGUGACUGUAAUAUCGCCCGUUGCGUUCCAACAGCACCGCUUCCAACAUCAGGUAAAAGCCAUUUACCUAUUAGUCCUUUUGAUUUUAAAUAUAUAAUGCAAUUAAAAUGGAAGGUUUAAAUGUCCUAUAGUGUUUGACUCAACUGGCCAAGGAUGUCAAUGCAGCAACCAAAAUCUGCCACCUUGUCCUGACUUUGGAGCAUGUGCAGCUAUAACGUGUGGACCAGGCUUCUCCUGCGAACCAUGUCCUUGUAAUUGUGACAUUGGCCGAUGCGUGCCAACAGCACCCCUUCCAACUCCAGGCGAGUCAUGGAAAUUUUAUUAUUAUUAUUAUUUACUUAAAGGAUGCAAAAUACAACUGUCCCAACGUAUCCUUGUCACCUUACCCUGAUUUUGGAGCAUGUGUAGACAUACCCUGUGAGCCAGGCUUUUACCGCGACUCAUGUCCUUGCAACUGUAACAUUGCCAGGUGCAUUCCAACAGCUCCCCUUCCAACGCCAGGUGGAAGACGUAUAUAGUCUUUUUACUUUAAAAUGUUAAAUGUAAUGGAAAUGGAAUAUCUCAAGGACCUUUGUUUGACUCGACAUGCCCAGAAUUUCAAUGCCGCAAGAAAACUCUGCCACGUUGCCCUGACUUUUCGAGCUUGUGCAGCCAUAAGUUGUGGACUAGGCCUCUCUUGCGAGCCAUGUUCUUGCGACUGUAACAUCGCCCGGUGCGUGCGGCGAAGAGUUCCAGGUGAAAAUUCCUUUUAUUUAAACAUAAAAGUGUAAUUCUAAUUCAGGGAUUGAUGAUUUAUUGCUUAACUCAGCAGGACGAAGAUGCAAAUGGCGUAACAAAUUUUUGCCA